AGCAAUAUUGUAGAGGCAAUUUCAGUUCGUGGGAUCCUAUGAUAACAACGUUACCUGGAACAUACCUGGCCAGUGUUGGUGUCCUGUAUCCUGUUGCCAUGGUAACACAACAGCUUUUGGACGAAGUGUGCACCACAGCUGUUCUUCGGAGUAUCAACAUCCUGUUUACCACAGCAAAUUGUUACCUGUUACUGUGUAUCUACACUGCUCUCCAUCCACAGAUUACUCCUUGGAGAGCUGCGACAAAAGCUACAACCUUAACCAUUUUUCCAGUGAUGUACUUCUUCACCUUCCUGUACUACACAGACCCAGGAUCCAUAUUCUUUGUGCUGAUGAUGUAUUACUUCCACAUUCAGCGAUAUAAACUACUGGCAGCAAUGAUGGGUGUGGCAGCCAUAUUGUUUCGUCAAACCAACAUCAUAUGGGUGGUGUUUGUAGCUGGAUUAUCAACACAAAAUUGUAUUAUGGAUUGGAUGAAAAUGGAGGAAAGUGAUUUGAAAUCUCAUGAUGGAAAUGAUUUGAGAGUUCUAAGGAGAUUUAUCAGUUUAGUUUGGACCAAUUUAAAGAAACCAACACUGAUUUUUGACUUAUUACUGAACAUCAUUAGAUCAACAUUCUGGUACAUUUGUGUGGGAGCUGGAUUUGCUGUAUUUAUUCAUCUCAACAAUGGUAUUGUGGUUGGAGACCGAAGCCAUCAUCAAGCCUGUUUAAACUUCCCUCAGGUUUUCUAUUUCUUAUCUGUGGCUCUUGUAUUUGGAGCCCCUCACAUGGUCUCAAUCCCAAAAAUUUUGAACUUUUUGAAAUUUUCUAUCAAAAAAUUCAUUUUAGUGUUGGCAUUUUGUUCUGUGUCAUUUGUCCUCAUCUAUAAAUUUACAUAUGUUCACAAAUACUUAUUGGCAGAUAAUAGGCACUAUGUGUUCUAUGUAUGGUCCAAAAUUUUCCGGCGACAUGACAGUGUAAAGUAUGCUUUAAUCCCUGUAUAUUGCUAUGCUGCAUGGCAAGUUCAUGAAUGUCUAAAACAUAAAAAUGUUUUCUGGAAAUCUGUCUUCUUUAUAUGCCUACUUUUAAGUACAGUUCCACAAAAGUUAAUGGAGUUUAGAUAUUUUAUAAUUCCCUAUCUUAUUCUGAGACUAAACAUGAUUAAUGAAUCUCUCGUUCACACCAUGAUGGAAUUUGUUUUGUAUGCUGUCAUCAAUGCAGGCACCAUAUAUAUGUUUGGAGAAAGACCUUUUGUAUGGGAAAACUCCAAUGAUGUGCAGAGGUUCAUGUGGUAAAUACAUAAACUGAUAUGAAAACAAUCCUA